AUGGCCAAUCUUUCUUUGUACGCUGUGGAGGCGGUGGUGAUCCUAGACAACGACGGGCAACGCAUCUAUGCCAAAUACUUCAACCCCCCUCACCAGGCGGUGGAGGAGGACUCGCUGUCGUCAAACGUGAAGCUGCAGAAGGAGCUGGAGGCGACUCUGUUCAAGAGAACACACAAGCAGAACGCAGAUAUAUUGAUACUGGACGAGCACCUGGUUCUGUAUAAGGAAUGCGCGGACGUAUGCAUCUAUCUCUUGGGCCCGUUGGACGAGAACGAGAUUGUGCUGCAGGAUACGCUGGGCGCCAUGAAGCUGGCCCUCGAGAUGGUGUUGAAUACAGACCUGGAUAAGCGCAGCCUGCAGGACAACUACGAGAUUGUGUGUCUGGUGGUUGACGAGACGGUCGACGACGGGAUCAUCCUGGAGACAGAGGCGCGGACGAUUGCGUCUCGCGUGACGAAAUCGCCCACGCAGGAGACUGUGGUGAUCGAUCUGUCCGAAAAGGGGCUGCUGAGUGCAUGGGGGUUUGCCAAGAGCAAGCUGGCAGAGCGGCUGCAGCAGGGCUUGUGA